UGACGUUAAACCAGGAAGGACACUGACUGUCGCACGGAAAUUUCGUCACAACAGCGCCAGCGUGCUAACAGUAAAGCAUCUGGGAGUCAAAGCUGGUGUGCAGUCAUGUGGCCCAUAGUGUGGACCGCGAUGAGGACCUACGCUCCUUACGUCACAUUCCCCGUGGCUUUAGUGGUCGGAGCGGUGGGCUACCACCUGGAGUGGUUCAUCAGGGGGACUCCCAAGUCCAAAGAGGAAGAAAAGAGCGUCCUGGAAAUGAGGGAGGAAAGGAAGCUGCAGGAGCAAGUGGGCAAGGACAGCACUCAGGUUCUCAGUCUGAAAGAGAAGCUGGAGUUCACGCCUAAAGCAGCUCUGAACCGGAACAGGCCUGAAAAGAGCUAACCCUUUGUCGCUGUGAUGGACUUCUUAGCACGCGGACCAAGGGGGCCAAAGCAGAGUAUAAAAUCGUCCAUUCUUCCUGUUCAUUUCAGCCGUACUGUCUUCGCCUGGGUCAACACUAGACACUUUUUAGGUGCUGGAACUAUUUAAAAAACAAUGUAAUUACAUCACCUUAAUGUUUAAGAUGUGGAUCUAUAGUGCACAGGUUUCUUCAUGUAUUGAUGAUUCUUAAAUCAGCGCUGUAAUGUUAUAUAUAGUUAACUUUGGGUGGAUUUAUGCUGAUCUGAUGACAAGGUUUUACAUGCUCUGGUUGUUUGAGAAUAAACAUAAGAUUUAUUUAAAUCUAUUUAUGGCACUAUGACACAGAUUCCUUGAUAUGUAGACAUUAGGGUAUGAAGUCUCUCACAUGUAAUUUCAUAGAAAUUAAUUGUCAUGUUAUGAAGCUGUCCCAACGUGUUUUCAUUUUGUCGAGAUUGAUUGUGAUCAUAAAAGCAGUGGAGAAGGACGUCUUUGUUUUUGUCCUUUUCAUCUCGUGUAACCUUUGAUGGUAUGUGAUGGAGUAAGACAGCAGCGUGGGAGGUCUCAGGAAGUUUAAGCGGCUUAAUUGUGUUGUUUUGAGCGUGCGCACAAUGCUUUCAUUUUUCGAAAGUCUGGAUGCCUUGCACGCCAGAAAGAAUUUUUGCGUGUCAAUUGAAAAUAUGAUAAAUAAAGGCAAACUGUGUUUGUA